GGCACCACCGGGGAGUGACUCGACGAGGGGAGGAGAAGAGGAGGAAAAGAAAUCGGAUUGCCGAAAGGAUUAGGAAGUGGGGUGGGGAGCAGAAGCUCGCUCUCUCCCUCCCUCCCUCCCUCCCCGCACACAUUUGUGAAGCUUUUCAGAGUUACCCUUCAGCAUCAGUACCGGCAGGCGAGCCGGGGGAGCCGCGGCAGCGGAAAGUGCUCGGCAAACUGCAAGAGCGAUCAGAGGGAGCGGAGUGGCCCGGGCCGGCAGACCCUGCCCCGGCCCCUGCCCGCGCCGCGGGGCACCGCACUUCCCGGCUCCGAGGACAGGAUUUGGAGCAUUGAGGGCGGGCGUGCUGCCAGACAGCCUGUCCUGGACGCGCGAGGUGGGGAGAGAGGAAGGGAGAGAUGCCUCUGAUUAGAGGGAAAGUCGUGCUCAUCCUCGGAUUCGUCUUCCUGACAACUUUCCUGGCUGCGGUGAGAGGACUGCCCGUGAGGGGGAAACACCGCAGCAACAGCCCGAAGGAGAGGAGCUCCAAGCUGGCGGAGGUCUCAGCAUCCUCCAGCCCCCGGUCAGCAGGGGACGGGGAGCUGCCGCCAUCGGGCAAGGCGCGAGGGCUGCGGCGGAGUGGCCAGGCUGGCCCGCGGCGGCACCGGCGCAGAGGGCUGGCUCAGCAGGCUGCCAGGAGCCCAGCGCUGCCCCAGCCCAGUGGUGCUGGCCAGGAGGAGAGCCUGCCCUUCAUGCUGGACCUGCAGAACUUGCCAGGGCUGGCCAACGUGGACCUGAGUGCCCAGAACCCCAACAUCCAGGUGACCAUUGAAGUGGUGGAUGAUCCUCAGGCUGAGAUGGAGAUGGACUUGUUGAAGGAGACAAGCAAUGACUGGUCUCUGACAUCCUCUGAGUGGUUGUCUCACAAGGACCUAUUCUGGCCCCUCUUCUGGGAGUACACUGACCCUGCUGAGGGAGAGGAGGAGGAGGAAGAUGAAGAGGAGGAGGAAGAGGAGGAAGAGGAUGACAACCUGGCUGUAGGGGACAGGGAGGAAGAAGAAGAGGAUGAUGAUGAAGAGGAAGAUUACACAGCGGAGUAUGAGGAGGAGUCCAUGCUUAGUGGAGUAGGUGGUAACUGGGACCAGCGAUGGCCCGGGCAGAAGAACUGGAUCUUUAAGGAAAAAUAUAAUUACGACUAUGAAGAUGAGGAGGAGUGGAGCCCAUGGUCCCCUUGCAGCAUCACCUGUGGCAGUGGCAACCAGAAGAGGACCCGGUCGUGUGGCUAUGCCUGCACAGCAACAGAGUCGAGGACGUGUGAUCUGACACACUGCCCUGGAGCAGAAGGAGAAAUGGUCUUCCCCACUGAAGAGACACCUUUCAAAAGCGACAACACCACGGAGCUGUUCAACUCAGAGGUGGACAGCUGUGAGAAGUGGCUGAACUGCAAGAGCGACUUCCUCACCAAGUACCUGAGCAAGGUACUGACGGACCUGCCCAGCUGCCCCUGCUCCUACCCGCUGGAGGCUGUCUACAGCGCCGUCAACCUGCGCGACGAGCAGCAGGGCAAGAGCUUCCGAUGGCGGGAUGCCAGCGGCCCCAAGGAGCGCCUGGACAUCUACAAGCCCACGGCACGCUUCUGCCUGCGCUCCAUGCUCUCCCUUGACAGCACCACCCUGGCUGCCCAGCACUGCUGCUAUGACGAGCACACCCGCCUCAUCACCCGCGGCAAGGGGGCUGGCGUCCCCAACCUCAUCAGCACCGAGUUCUCUCCGGAGCUGCACUACAAGGUGGACAUGCUGCCCUGGAUCCUUUGCAAGGGUGACUGGAGCCGGUAUCACGCUGUCCGGCCCCCCAACAAUGGGCAGCGGUGUGCUGACAACCCCACCGAGGAGGAGUACCUGUCCCAGCUGCAGGAGGCCAAGGAGUACUAGCCACGGCCACUCUCAGAGGUGCCAUGACCACCACUGUCUUGCACUCCUGCAUAGCCUGGCCAGCCCUGACCCUGCUCAUGGGCUCCUCAGUAGUGCCAGGCAAAAUGGGGAGGAUGUGCUGUCUGUCUCAUCCCCUCAGAGAGGUGUCUCAGCCCCACUCCGAUUUCUGAGGGUGCUGGAGGUUAUUGUGGUGCAGUCCCUGCUGUGCCACCCAGGGCAGUCCUGCAGUCCAGGGCUCCUGGCCUGGCAUGUGGAGAGCAGCAGGGGCUGGGAAGUAUAAAGGGAACAAGGGGCUGCUCCUGUCUGCUUUCAUUCUCUAUGACCUUUGAACGCAGUCUGAAAGCUGAGCACAGGGUGAGUUGGGCUCAGCUCCUGCUGGCUUCACACCACAUCUGAGGAGCUGCCACAAGCAUGGCUGCCUGCUCUUGUCUGUACACCUGCCCUGGCACAUGCUGGUUUAUGUCUGAAACUGGGGGUAGGUCUUCCUAGAGAGUGCAGGGCUGUUCCAGCCAUGCAUACAGGGCAAGGCCUCCCCUGCCCCCAUCCUUGGGCUUGUGCAUGCAGGGUUGGGAAGGAGCAGGGAAAGGCUUAUUAGGGUCUGUGGGUCUGGGGGAGGGGGCCGUGGGGCAGGACACUGCCUGCCUGGGCUUCCUUGGCAGGACUGCCUAGCCACCAGGGUUUUUGGCUGCCAAAGCUACACAUGGAUGGACUUCAGAGUAGGUCAGCAUGGGGACACACCACUUGUGUGCAUUUCAGCCCCUCUGCCUUGAUGCUUGGGGGAACAAGGUGGUAGCAUCUGUGCAAGUCACGGCACUAGCCCUCUACCAGACCUUGGCAGUCCCAGAGGGUCUCAGGAACACCUGUGGCACAGCCUAAAGUCCUGUGUUCUCCACUCACAGUCCUGGUAGGGGCAGGAGGCACCUUGGCCACUGCUCAAGCCAUUGCUGGUGAGGAGCAAAAAGCAAAAAGCUGAGCCAAGAUAGGCCCUGCUCCAUGCUGAGUCUGCCCAUGUCCCCAGCUGCUCCAUUCUGUGUCUGCCCAGGUCCCCACCUGGAGGCAGCCCAGACAAACCAAACCGAGCCAUGGAUGCCUCAGGCUCGUUUCCAAGCCAGGCUCACAACUGUGGCUCCAGAGGAGGAAGACACACAUGUACUGAUAAUGUCAAUACCUGGUGUCCACAGAUCAGGGAUUGUGAUGCUCUCUGUUGGCACUUUGAUCUUGCCUUGGUUUUAUUCAGCUUUUCACAGGUCCAUGGCAGUGUCUACCAGCAUAUUUUGGAAGCUUUUCUGCAGAGAAACUAGGCUGAGCACCUUCAUCCCUGGACAUUCAGUUGCUGAACUGGCAGAAAAUUUAUAGCUUUUAUUUAACAAAUUUUAUGCAUCAGGGGAAAUAAAAGUCAAGCACACAUAAAGAAGAACGGAGUCAUUUCUACACUAGAGGUUUCUUGCAAGGCUGCUAGCUACUCCAUGUACUUCUGCAGGGCACUCUUGAACCAAAACACUUGUGGCAGAGGUCCUUAGUUGACCAUCCUGUGCUGUCUGUCCUUCUUAUGGGAGCUUUGUCCAGCCUCAGUGAAUGUCCUUGGUCUGAAAACUCUUUGGGGAGUCUUUCUGGGAGUGUCUUUGUAUCUGUUGAGUGUAUGUUAAUCCAUUUGCCUUGGUUACUGCUAGAAUAUUGCAUUCUUGGUCAUCCAUACCUAAAACUUCAUAGCUGGUAAAACAAAAGUAUUAAUGAAGUUAUCACUGAAUUAUUCUUACUCAACUAUUGUUAUACCCUUGUUUCCCUAGACUCUGGAUAUGGGUUCUAUCAAACUACAGGCAGACAUCAACCAUUUCCCAACAGACAUGCAGUCUGAGAUGACCAGUGUUCUGUAAAUGGUGAGAAGCAAGACAACCAAAUAAGCAUGGAUGGAAACCUAGACUUUUGAACAUUUUCAUGAUCACUACAUGCUCUCUAGCCCAGAUGGUCAUUCACUCACUAGUUUCUGGCAAAGAGGUAGGUCAGGAGGGGUUAACAGUGAUCUGGUGACUUGGUUCUGGGAGCCAGGGAGCCUCAGCAAGAGGCAUGGAAGCAAACAAAUUGAGCAUCUGAAGCCAUGGAAGGAUGAGCUUGUUAACUGCAGUCAUUCGGCAAAGCGUAUUUCCACUCCCAUACCAUAUACCAUCAUUAACAUCACCAAACUCUCAGUGGGGUUUAUUUACCAUCAGGGCAGACUUCUUUAAAUCUCCUGUUGAACAUGCCUAGUGUUCAGUAUUGGACCCAUGCAUGGAAGCAGGACUUCUACAAACAGUCUUGAAGAAGACUUGCCAAAGCUCAGUCAAUUUGUUUGUUAGACUGGCUGCUCUCCAAGGAAGUGCUCUUACAGUAAGAGUGUUACCCAGGAUUUUUACCAUCCUCCUCUUUACACUGGCUAUGUCAACCAGUCUAACCCCCAGAAAAAAAAAAAAACCUUGUAAUUUCUGUAAUAACUGUAGUUCCUGUACAAGGGCAAGUAGAAAAAUUUCUUGCGCUGAUACUCCUCUAUUCCCUGACACCCCCACAAAUCUAGUUGAGAGCUGCUCUGCUUUGCUGCCUCUGUGGUUUGGACAAUACAGGCACAAACUGGAGCAUGAUAAACAACCACGUUGUUCCUCAUACAAGCACCUUACAUACCGUGAGGCUUUGCAGAACACCAUGAGAAAAGUACACAUUAAGCAAGUGUUUAUUUUUAUAUUCUGUCAAAGAUUCUGUCCAGCCCACUGCUGUUUAAGUUAUGAAUCUCUAAGCUUUCACUCCUUAAGUUUAUUGGGGUUUUAUAUAUAUAAUAUAUAUAUAAAAUGUCUUUUAUUCCUACAGAAUUUCACA